AUGGACGAUUGGGGAAGCCAACCAAUGAAGGUGCGGACAGAAGACUGGAAGGUAUGACUGUGUACUUCGUCCACUUACUCUCCAUGCCUACCUGCAGUGCCGGUGGCCGUUACUGGCCGGUCAUAGAAGGAGCUGUCGAUUGUGGAAAGCCAACCAUGGACGAUUGGAGGAGCCAACCAUGGAAGUCGCGGAGGGAAGACUGGUAGGUAUGACUCUGUACUUCCUACAUUUACCCUCCAUGCCUACCUACAGUGCCUGUAGCCGUUACUGUCCCGUCAUAGAGGGAGCUGACGAUUGUGGAGAGCCAACCAUGGACGACUGGGAAAGCCAACCAUGAAAGGCACGGACGGAAGACUGGAAGGUAUGACUGUGUACUUCGUCCACUUACUCUCCAUGCCUAGCUGUAGUGCCGGUAGCCGUUACUGGCCGGUCAUAUAAGGAACUGUCGAUUGUGGAGAGCCAACCAUAGACGACUGGGAAAGCCAACCAUGAAAGACACGGACGGAAGACUGGUAGGUAUGACUCUGUACUUCCUACACUUACCCUCCAUGCCUAGCUGUAGUGCCGGUAGCCGUUACUGUCCCGUCAUAGAGGGAGCUGACGAUUGUGGAGAGCCAACCAUGGACGAUUGGGGAAGCCAACCAAUGAAGGUGAUGACAGAAGACUGGAAGGUAUGACUGUGUACUUCGUCCACUUACUCUCCAUGCCUAGCUGUAG